AUGGUCCAAGGGCGAGUGCUUGUUAUCGCAGGCUCGGACAGUUCAGGCGGAGCUGGACUUGAGGCGGAUCAGAAAGUUAUCGCUGCCCAUGGCUGCUAUGCCAUGACAGCCACUACGGCCCUUACUGCGCAGAAUACUCAGGGCGUCAAGGGCAUUCAUGUCAUUCCCGCCGAAUUUGUUUCCCAACAAAUCGAUGCGUGUGUAGAGGAUGUAGGUGUCGAUGUCAUCAAAACAGGCAUGCUUGCUUCAGCAGAGAUAAUCGAGAUGGUUGAGAAAACUGUCACCAAACACAACAUCCCAUGUCUUGUUGUAGACCCAGUCAUGGUUUCGACUUCCGGCGCAACACUCCUCCCUAACGAAGCCAUUCAACAUCUCUGCAAGCAUCUCCUAUCACACACCACAGUCCUCACGCCAAAUAUUCCCGAGGCGGUACUUAUUCUUUCCCAAAAUGGCCAAGAAGCUCCUCAAGUUCACAACGUCCAAGACCUUGAGACUAUCGCGAAGCGAAUCCAGGAGCUCGGUCCCAAGUGGGUGCUUGUCAAGGGCGGACACAGCCCUAUGAAAGAGGACCUUACUGUAGCAGAGACUGAGGGUGAGAGACAAUUUGUCUUUGAUGUUCUUGUUGGAGGAAACGGAGAGGUCUUGAGGGUUAAAAGUCCGUACCAAGCAAGCUCGAGUACCCAUGGCACAGGGUGCUCUUUGGCGUCUGCUAUUGCCUCUAACUUGGCCAAAGGAAUUGACACACCCUCUGCUGUUCAGUCAGCGUGUCGAUACAUCGAAGCUGCGAUUCGCACUGCGCCAGGACUAGGCAAGGGGCAUGGUCCUCUGAACCACUUUCAUUCAACCUACACUCUCCCCUUUGCUCCUGGCUACUUUAUCGAGUGGCUCCUUGAGCGCCCUGAUGUCCGUGAUGUCUGGAAAGAGUUUGUGCACCAUCCCUUUGUCAUGGCCAUGGGAGAUGGAACUCUGCCUCUCGAGUCGUUCAAGGGCUAUAUCAUACAAGAUUACCUUUAUUUGAUUCACUUCUCGCGCGCCAACGCUCUCGCCGCCUAUAAAGCGCAAAACGUCGAAGAUAUCUCCAGAGCAACACAAAUUGUUCAGCAUAUCAUGCAUGAGUUGAAACUCCAUACCUCCUACUGUGAGAGCUUCGGCAUUUCACUCGACGAGAUGCGUGCCACGCCGGAGAAGCAAGCAUGCACUGCUUAUACCCGUUAUGUCCUUGACGUCGGUCAGAACGGAGACUGGCUCGGUCUUCAGAUGGCCCUCGCUCCAUGCCUCCUUGGCUACGGCGCAGCGGCCAAGAUGCUACAUGACCACGAGAAGACUGUGCGUGAAAACAACACUUACUGGGCUUGGAUCAAGAAUUACAACGAGGAAGACUACACUGAUGCCGUCAAGCUGGGCUCUGCUCUACUGGAGAAGCACGUUCAGUUGCAGUCGCCUUCCAGAAUCGAAGAGCUCGUUCAAAUCUUCAUCCAUGCACUCAAGAUGGAAAUCGGCUUCUGGGAGAUGUUCCCUGCUAAGCAGACCUAA